GUUCAGCACAUUCCAACUGUAGACUAUGUAAAUAAAUACAAGGGUAAAAAAAAAUCCUUCAGGGAGCUUGGACCACUGCCAGCUUGCCUGAGUAACUGGACUUUGCAUGGAGCUGGAAGGGUGGAUUUUAAAGGGAGGGAAGCAGAAGAGAACAGCUCAAGAAUUUUGGCUCAGCUUGGGCAUAUUUCCUCCUAACUUUGGCUAAACCUCAGCACGAACGGCUGGACGGAGGAGUUGAUGUGAAGCUCGGGAGGGAGGCUGUGGAGCACUAGGACUACAGCAGAGCUUGGAGAGGCUGAAGCCAUGCUUUUCCUUUGGGCGCUGGGGUUUAUUUUAGUCCUGCAAGAGCGAGAUCUUUUAGUUGCUGCAGACCCUGUCAGCGUGUUACCUGGAAGUUUGGGAAGAGGGAGCUGGUGUAAUGAACAGGAUACAAUUCACGAACGGUUAGAUAUUAUUGAAGAGAAGGUAAUAAAAACCGUGGAGCAUCUAGAAUCAGAAGUCAAGUCACUCCUCAACAUCAUCAGUGAGACAACAUCGAAUAUCCCCAUAGCUCCAGGAACUCCACUUAUAGACAUUUUUGAUGAUACCAGCUGAGAUCUGCAAAGACAGAAAACAGCUGAAUGUAACAGGAUGGUCGUCAUAACAGUUGCACUUUUGUUCAGUUAAUAAUCUUAUCCUUCCAGAAUUGGAGCAAGGAUGAACAAUCUACAGCUGCAGUUUGCCUUUGUGUUCCUAUGCUUUACAAUAAAAAGAGGCACAAUGCAACCCAGAACUGAUUCCAACAUCCACUCCUCAACUUCCCCACAGCAACAUAACUUCUUCAGGGAAGAAGGACCUUGCCUGACGUUUACCAAAUGGAGGGAGAGCGUGUGCGUAUGUGCAAACUCCUUCUCUUAUUUCAUAUUAUUGAUUAACAAGCAGUCUAUUUUCACUGAUCUAGCUCCAAAGCUCUUCCCCCUUGUACUUAGUUUUUCUUCACAUGUUUCUAUUUUGAGAAUGACAGGCUGAGGAGACAUCACCCAUGUCAACAGAGAAUAAAAAUUCAGGUUCCUAGAGUGAGAGAAAUUACAACAAGCAAAACAAAAAUAUCGAGAGAUAACUACAGAUUUCGUCUAUCGUGUACAGACAGUACAGAUCAUCAACCCCACACAAGUCCCAAACUCCUGCCAACACAACCGUUUCUGAAUAAUUAUGUGGAUUCAAUCAGAGAACUUUUACGGAAAAACUAAGUUACAUAAACAGAGUCAUCACUCACAUGUAAAUCAACCAGAAAGCACAGUCUGUGAAGACUUAGAAGAUAGACAGCUUUAAUUUCAUAAUCUCUUCUUACAUACAUACAUUUAAGGCACAAUGCAAAAUGUUAAAACAUUAACAAUAUAAUCUUUACUACUGUGAAACAUUACUACUGCCUUGUGACAGUCACCCUAGCCAAAAUGAAAUGUGGAA